CAUUACUUUUCUAAAAACCAAAAAUAAAGUUUCUAUGAAAGAGACAAAUAUAUGAUUUAGGCAUGUGAAAAUUUGAGGUCACUAAUGAAAAAUCUUUCAAUUUUGGUGGGUCCUAACUCCUAAGUCAUAGAUGCCUUCAUCUCUGAGGUUCAUCCACAUCCAAUCCUCAAUACCAUCCUAUCAUCAUAAGCUUAUCAAAAUUUCCCUAAUUUUUUUUUUAUCUUCAUUUUCUUACUGAUAAUCUGCAUUUAAUCUUCAUUUUUGUUUUCAAUGCCGGGAACUAUCCAUGUUUCGGUACUAGAAUUGGUUGGACUUCCAUCUCCACCACAAUCUUCAUCAAUGGGUGUUAAGGUUUCUAUGGGUAAACAAGCACAUGAGAUGCAGGACAAGGAGUCAUCUUCUUUUGCAUUAGCAUCACUUCGAGACAAUCUGAAUGUGUCAAUACAUGACUAUGAAGGGAAUGAAAUAGCACAUACAGAUGUUCUAGCUAGAUCCAUUGUCGAAAAGGGUACUUGGGAUGAUUCAUUCCCUCUGAAAGACGGUGGGCAUAUUCGUAUGAGACUGCAUUUUAUUCUGACAGAAGAGGAAUUGAAUAGGAUUCGUAGAAUGAGAGAAUCUGCAGCUCGGAAAAAGCAGGAGGAUCUUCUGAAGAGGAGUCGUAGUAGCUCAGAUUUAGCAGGUUCUUCUGGUGGUAGAUCAUCUGCAUCUUCACAAGAUUCACUCAAAUCACGGUAUCAGACUCAGGAAAGAAGUGUGGAAUCCACGAUAUCUGCUGAUUCUGAUGUUGAAGUUCUGAAUAAAGCUCAACCUGGUCAGAAGAAACAAGUAUUUUCCACCUCGAAAUCAACUGGGGCGUUGGAUAAGUUGCCGGCUUAUCAACAGUUGAAGGAAAGAAUUGAAGGAAAAAACGCGGAGCAGCAGAGUGAUCAGUUGGAUAAAACACCGAGCAAUGUAAGGAAAACGAGACUUGCCUUUGAAAGUAGUCAACUGAAGGAAGAAUCGCAUGCUACUAAUAAAACGUGGGAAACAACUCAGUUAAGCAGUAGUGUUACAGUGGACAUUCCUUCCAAUGAGCCAAGCUUAAAGAAGAUCAGUACUAAACCAGUUUCGUCCAAAUUAGAAACAGCACUGAAUCCUUCAACUUCAGAGGAAAUAGGGGAAGAACGAGGGAAAUUGUUACGUGCUACUACUAAUAAAACAAAGAAAACGGCUCAAUUAUUAAGCAUUAAUACUACAGUGGAUACUCCUUCCAAAGUGCCAAUCUUAAAGAAGACGGUUAUUUUCGAUACUAAACCAGUUUUGUACAACUUAGAAUCAGUACCAGUUCCUCCAACUCCAGAAGAAAUAGGGAAACUAUUUACUGCUGCUAAUAAUGAAACAGAAGCAGCUCAGUUGAGCAGUAAUACGAGAGUGGAUACCCCUUCUAAAGAGCCAAUCAUAAAGAACAUAGUUGCUGCUGUAAAUUCCGAGACAGCACCUGCUCCUGCGACUCAAGAGGAAACAGGGAAAGAAAGAGGGGAAUUGUUACUUGGUAAUAAUAAAACAGAAGAAACAGAUCAGUUAACAAGUAAUAAGAGAGCGGAUACUCCUUCUAAAGUGCCAAUCGUAAAGAAGAUAGUUGCAGAAAAUUCAGAGGAAAUAGGGAAAGAAAGCAGUAAACUGUUACUUGCUAGUAGUAGUACAGCAAAGGAAACAGCUGCUCAGUUAAGCAGUAAUACAGCAGUUGAUACUCCUUUUAAAGUGCCGUUCUUGAAGAAGAUAGUUGCAGCAAAAUCAGAGGAUAUAGGGAAAGAAAGUAGUAAAAUGUUACUUGCUAGUAGUACUACAGCAAAGGAAACACCUCAGUUAAGCGGUAAUGCAGCGGUUGAUACUCCUUUUAAAGUACCGUUCUUAAAGAAGAUAGUUGCAGCAAAUUCAGAGGAAAUAGGGAAAGAAAGCAGUAAACUGUUACUUGCUAGUAGUAAAACAAAGGAAACACCUCAGUUAAGAAGUAAUGCAGAAGUGGAUACUCCUUUUAAAGUACCGUUCUUAAAGAAGAUAGUUGCAGCAACUUCCGAAACAGCACCUGCCUCGUCGACUUCAGAGGAAAUAGGGAAAGAAAGCGCUAAAACGUUACUUGCUAGUAGUAGUAGUACAGCAAAGGAAACAGCUCAGUUAAGAAGUAAUGCAGCAGUGCAUACUCCUUUUAAAGUACCGUUCUUAAAGAAGAUGGUUGCUGUAAAUUCUGAAACAACACCUGCUCCUUCGACUACAGAGGAAAUAGGGAAAGAAAGCGCUAGCAGUACAACAAAGGAAACAGAUCAGUUAAGCAGAAAUACUAGAGUUGAUUCUCCUUUUAAGGUUCCAUUCUUACAAAAUGCAACAGUUGCUGUGAAUUCUGAAACAGUUUUGUCAAAUCCAGAAACAACAGCAGCUUCAGAAAACAAUGAGGAGAUAAAGACACUGAGAAAGGUUCAUACAUCACCGGUUUCUUUGAAGUCGCUUCUUGAAGCAUUACCAAGAAGAAAACAGCCUUCUACCAACGGCGUUUUAGGCAUUGAGAAGAAAUGGAGAAGCAAACAAUGGAGAUUGAACCAAAAAAGGGGAAAAUCCAAAGUACUUGUUGGGAAUGAGCAAUGCUCAAUUCAUAGCUUUCGCGGCUGGGUUUUCUUGGAUGAAAUGAUAAGCCCGUGUGUUUUAGAUGAACCUGAAGGUUGUAUUUCCCAUUGCAGUCAAGAUAAUGAUCAAGAAAAGCUCAAAGAUACUGGUAAUGCGCAAAUAAAAAGGGAGAAGAGUUCUACUGAAUCGAAAAAGCUGGAGUCGGACAGAAAACCUAACAACAUGUCUUUCAAUGGACCAGGAGGACAGGUAGUGAAGAUUGCGAUCAUGGCAGGGUUUGGCCUACUCGUGCUCCUUACAAGACAGGGAAAAUAAAGAUGAUUCAUCCAAUGGCUAAUUUUGCGACCAGCUUAAGAUGAGAUUAUCAUACAAAAGCAUCAGAUCGACAUGGAUGUAAACGUAUAUGAUAUUGCUUUGUGUAAUUAUGUUAAUGUAAAUCCAUCAAUUACCGCGUUUUUUCAUCUUGUAACAGACUUCUUUCAGGAAAUCAUAGUCUCAGUAACAGGAACAAGAAGAGAAAUUUUGUACAAGCUAGUAUCUUUGAAGAAAAUGAAUAAAUGAUAGUGGGUAAAUCCAAGUUUAACA